CUGUUGCUUCUCCUCUCAGUACCGUCUCCAUCUCAGUCCAUUUCGGGAGUCGAGUCCGUCAUUCUCUGACGUGGCCGGAACCAUGCAUUUUGGCGCAAAGCAGAUGUUGAAUUCAUUCGAGUUGUAUUAUUAACAGAUUGGCUAUUUUUACUUGUUGGUGUGAGUUUUCCCCACCCAACUCACUUUCUUGCAUCAAAAGAGACAGUUUACAAGAUCGUUACAACUUAAAAACGACAAAAUGGCACUUCAGAAUAAAAUCCUUCAACUGAGCUGCAGGAGUGUUUUGGGAGAAGUGCUCAACAAGAGGUUUGCCAGUAAUUCUCGCGCGCUGCUCAAAUCUGCAACCAGCGAGUCGCUCCGGAUCUGUGCGACCGGACAAGAGACUUUCCCGGAGGAUUUGAUCACACCGGGGGCCAGUGCGGAGGUGGUCGCUAAGGAGACCCGGAUCAAGAGUCUGAAAGAGAUGCCGGGACCCAGCGCCGUCAGCAACCUGAUCGAGUUCUUUUACCGGGACGGUUUCAGUAGAAUCCACGAAAUACAGAUGGAACACUCUCAGAAGUAUGGGAAGAUCUUUAAAUCUCGUUUUGGCCCCCAGCUGGUUGUGUCUAUCGCAGGGCGGGAUCUGGUUGCCGAGGUGCUGAGGACGGAGGGUGUUGCCCCGCAGAGAGGCAACAUGGAGUCCUGGAAGGAGUACCGCGACCUGAGGGGCCGAUCUACCGGACUUAUCUCAGCGGAGGGUGAGGACUGGUUGAAGAUGCGUAGCAUCCUCCGUCAGCUGAUCAUGAGACCGAAGGACGUGGCUCAGUUCUCUGACGACGUGAAUGCUGUGGUGGAGGACUUGGUGAAGAGAGUGGAUACGCUGAGGAGCCAGCAGUCAGACGGACUCACUGUACUCAAUAUUAACGAUCUGUUUUUCAAAUACGCAAUGGAAGGUAUGGCAGCCAUCUUGUACGAGGACCGUCUGGGCUGCUUGGAGAAUGAGAUUCCUCAGAAGAGCCAGGACUACAUCGCAGCCCUGCACCUGAUGUUUAGUUCCUUUAAGAUGACCAUGUACGCCGGGGCCAUCCCCAAGUGGCUCAGAACCGUCGUCCCCAGACCCUGGCAGGAGUUCUGCAGCUCCUGGGACGGACUCUUCAGUUUCAGCCAGAUCCAUGUAGAUAAGCGUCUGGGGAGACCUUUAAAGCCUCAGCUCAGUAGGGGAGAUAGACGGUGAAUGUUACUGGGGGGGCUGUUAACUCACAUGCUGGUGACCCGAGAGAUGAACCUGGAGGAGAUGUUAGUGGACACGGUGAGCAGUACUGAGAUGUUACUGGCUGGGGUGGACACGACAUCAUUCACCCUGUCCUGGGCCUGCUACCUCUUGGCCCGUCACCCUGAGGUCCAGCAGGAGAUCUACGAGGAGGUGACGAGGACUCUGGGACACGGGACCAUCCCCACCGCUGAUGACGUCCCCCGUCUACCCCUCAUCAGAGGACUGGUGAAGGAGACACUAAGAAUGUUUCCUGUUCUGCCAGGUAAUGGGCGUGUUACCCAGGAUGACUUGGUGGUUGGCGGUUACUUCAUCCCCAAAGGGACCCAGUUGGCUCUAUGUCACUACUCUACCUCCAUGGACGAGGAGAAUUUCCCCGGGGCUGAUGACUUCCGUCCAGACCGCUGGAUCAGGAAGGACGCUACGGACCGGGUGGAUAACUUCGGCUCCAUCCCGUUCGGCUACGGCAUCAGGAGCUGCAUCGGCAGGAGGAUAGCUGAACUGGAGAUGCACCUGGCUCUUACACAGCUGGUCCAGAGGUUCCAGAUUCCUCUGCUGCUUUUGCCGACAGACAAAACCAAAACCCACGGCCUCCUCUGUCCUGCUGCGCCCAUCAACCUGCAGUUUGCCGACAGACAACCCUAGACCAAAACCCACGGCCGUCUUCUGUCCUGCUGCGCCCAUAAACCUGCAGUUUGCCGACAGACAACCCUAGACCAAAACCCACGGCCGUCCUCUGUCCUACUGCGCCCAUCAACCUGCAGUUUGCCGACAGACAACCCUAGACCAAAACCCACGGCCGUCCUCUGUCCUACUGCGCCCAUCAACCUGCAGUUUGCCGACAGACAACCCUGGAC